AUGAACUGCAGUAGCUUGAGAAUAGCGGAAAAGACAAGGACCCUUCAGGCAGUAUCUGGUCAGACUUGGGAGGCAGCAGUAGCAGCAGCAGUAGCAGUGACUGGAGCAGUAACACAGCAGCGGCAGAAGCCAGGAGAGUGCACACAUGGCACUAAUGAGACUCUGGGGAACUCAGUGUUGGAUCCAAAUCUGCUGGAAGAGUUCCUGGGAAGUGACUUUGAUUUGGGAGCCUUGCAGAGCCAGUUACCUGACACUCCACCCUACUCUGGAUCAGAUCCGAGCUCUCCUCCCCAGGUCAAAGGAGCUGGGGCCAGACCUCUCUCCAUGUUACAUCACACCACACCUGGAAAGAUGUUUCUUAAGCCUCUGAAGAACAUGCAUGAAAUAAACUCCACUGGAUAUGCGUCAAGUGGGUUCCAUGACUGUUGCCGGAUGAUUAGUAACACUGAGACUACUUGGGAUGGACCUACUUCCUCCCACUUGGCCUCAAAUUGUUGUUAUCAUCAGUCAAGACUGCACCACAGCCCGGGGGUCUUACUGCCUCCAACCAAAAAGAGAAAGCAUUCUCAGGCGUUGGAAGAGGAAGAAUGCCUAUUCUGGGAUAGAGAGUACAAUGCAACGGUGGGCAGGGAUUAUGCUACAGAAGCUCAUGAAAAUGAUGACCAAGGACAGAGUGCAGCCUCUCUGGAUAAGUUCUGUCCUUCCCUGAAAUGGCAGCCAUAUCAAGCUUCUUCCUGGCACAGCUUACUCAACAGUCAUUCGGAAAAACUCCCUGAUGUAGGCUACAGUGUGGUCACAGACAAAGGAUUUAAUUUCUCUGCGCUAGAUGAGGCUUUUGUUUGUCAGAAGAAGAAUCAUUUCCAGAUCACUGUCCAUGUCCAGGUUUGGGGGAGUCCACAGUUUGUCCAAACCCAAACGGGGAUAAAGCCAAUAGAAACAUUUUACUUGAAAGCUUUUGGAGUGAAGGUAGAAGCCACCAAUCAAAUAAUUGCUAUUGAGCAGUCUCAGUCUGAUCGAAGCAAAAGGCUUUUUAAUCCUUACAAAAUCGAUCUACCAGGAGACCAAGUAACCAAAGUAACACUGGGAAGAUUACAUUUCAGUGAGACGACAGCCAAUAAUAUGAGAAAGAAGGGAAAGCCCAACCCUGACCAAAGGUAUUUUAUGUUGGUGGUUGGACUCUAUGCUGCUAAUCAAGACCAGCUCUAUUUAUUGGCUGCUCACAUCUCUGAGAGCAUAAUUGUUAGGGCAUCUAACCCUGGGCAAUUUGAGAACGACAGUGACGUGUUAUGGCAGCGAGGCCAUGUCCCAGAAUCUGUUGUCUGUCAUGGUCGAGUAGGAAUUAACACAGACACUCCUGACGAAGCCCUGGUUGUGUGUGGCAAUAUGAAAGUGAUGGGGACAGUCAUGCAUCCAUCUGACAGCAGAGCAAAACAGAAUAUCCAGGAGGUUGACACAAGUGAACAACUUCGAAGAAUAAACAGAAUGAGAAUUGUCGAAUAUGACUACAAACCAGAAUUUGCAUCAGUGAUGGGAAUCAACCAUACUCAUCAAACAGGAAUGAUAGCCCAAGAGGUACACGAGAUCUUACCCAGGGCAGUCAGAGAAGUUGGUGAUGUCACGUGUGAGAAUGGAAACAAGUUAGAGAACUUCCUCAUGGUUGAUAAGGAUCAGAUCUUCAUGGAGAACGUAGGCGCCGUGAAGCAGCUCUGCAAGCUAACAAAUAACCUCGAGGAAAGGAUCGAAGAGCUGGAGAGCUGGAGCAAGAAGCUGGCCACGUUAAAGCGUCUUAGUAGCAUGAAGUCCACAGGCAGUGCAGGGAGCUCCCUCAGCAAGUUUAGCCCAACUUUGAGUGCUUCUUCGGUAAGAAGAAGAGCUGCCACUAAAACCAACAAGCUUUAUUUUUCAGAGAACAAACAGGCCUGUCCUAACUGGAUUUUCCAGCUCUUGGUUAUUACUCUGAUUGCUGUGAUGGCAUUCUGUGCCUUGACGAUAGUCUCUCUUUACAUACUUAGUUUACGAGAUCGAGAUCGGAACCAAAAUCUUACUCCUGGCAAUGUGACAAGCUCUCUGAUGCCAGUCCUCCCUACAUGUACCACUUCAGCAGCAUCAAAUACGUCUCUUCCAGCUACAAAACCCUCCUUCAUGGGUCUUGAAAUCACUUUCUGUGAGAUAUUGCCUUGCUUUAAUACUUACUGUUGUCCUGUCAAUGAGGCCAAAGGACUUCUAAGAAGUUCUAUGGGAAAGAAGAUUAAGGAAAAUAGGGACAUAGAUCAAUGGCGAUCUCCAGGAGAAAUAAUCUCAGGAAGAGGCCCCCAAAAAACUGACUGGGGAAAUGAUUGGAUUGACACAACCAUCAGUUCCAUUCAGAUUAUGGAAAUUCAACACAAAAUUGACCAUCGUUACUGCAGUAAGAGCCUUCAGUGUGGGUCUGGAAAUUACAACUACAAUAUUCCCAUCAACAAGCACACACCUACCAAUGUGAAGUUUUCAUUGGAAAUCAACACAACAGAGCCACUGAUUGUCUUCCAGUGCAAAGUCAGCCUUGGAAAUAUAUGUUUCCAUAGGAAAAGGGAUGCCAAUGGGAUCUACAGCCAACAGGAAGUGUUCCAAGAGACAACACAGGGAUGUCAGCAUAUUUGGAGUCUCCCCGUAGCCCCGUUUUCUGACAGUGUGUAUCAUUUCCGAGUAGCUGCACCGGAUCUGGCAGACUGCUCCACAGAUCCUUAUUUUGCUGGGAUCUUUUUCACCGAUUACUACUUUUAUUUUUAUCGACGUUGCAGCUAA